AUGGUCGGGCGAAUGUCUUGGGCGAUGAUAGCGACGAUGGCGAUCAGCCUGGCAAGGGGAACGGAAGUUGAGAUGGCAGCUGAAGGAGAGCAGAGGAGAAGGUUUCUCAUACUCCCUUUCUGCUUCGAACGAGGAGGACGAGUGAAUCUGAAGGUGACGAACAUCUUCAUCAAGGAUCAGCGAGGACAUCUUGUCAACAUGACGAGCGACGGCAAGAGCAUGCAAGCUGCGAAACAAACAAACAUUCUUGUGAAAGGCAGAGAGCUGUCGGUGACUGCCGAGAAUCCGAAUCACAAUCAGUUGUCUGCUGGAGAUGCUCCUUUGCCCAUCUGUUUCUUCCUCUCCUCCUGUCUCUUCUUCUUGGCUCUCUUGGUCUGGGGGGCAGUCUUGUGGGUCUACCGAGACAAUGUGCAGCCGAUUCAGUGUUUUAUGGCGAUGACAUGCCUCGUCAAGGUGAGCGUCUGCCGUGGCCCUCUGGCGAUGAGUCGGUUUCCCCACAAGGUUGUCGUCAACACCGCUGUCGUCAUGGUGGAGGAGCUGCCGUCCUCGCAGAGCGGAUGGGAGACAUGGAGAGACGUGCUACAGCUGGCGGACAUCAUGUGCUGCUUCGGCGUCCUCAUGUCCAUCGUCUGGUCCAUCCGGCAACUCAACGAGGUGGGGGAGGCGGACGGAAAGACGCAGGACAACGUGAAGAAGCUCAAGCUCUUCCGGAGAUUUUACAUGAUUGUUCUUGGCUACAUCUAUCUCACUCGUAUUUUCGUUGUGAUGAUGGGUACUCUCCUCGCAUGCAGGUACACGUGGGUAUGCACUGUGGUAGAAGAGUUUGCAACUCUUUGCCUGUUUGUCUGGAUCGGGCAUGCCUUCCGUCCAACUCACAACAACCCAUAUCUUCAGAUCCCUUCAGAGACAGAGAUGCAAAGUAACAAUAAUGCAUGA